AUGACCAUUAUAAGAAAUCGUACAUGUUUAUUUUUAAAUUAUUUAAACAAAAAGCGUACAUGUAUACUUAUAAAUAAUAAUUAUAAUAAUGAUGGGAACUUAAACCUUCAAAAGAAAUUUAUUAGGACAUCUAAAUUAAGCUUAAAUGUUUUGAAAAGAAUAAAAUCAGAAAAAAAUAUAAAUAUUAAAGAAUUGAAUAAAUAUUUAAGAGAUGAUAAUAAAAUGAACCUGGACAUUUUUAAAAAAUUAAUAUAUAAAGCUAAAAAUAAUAAUGAAAUUGAACAAGAAACUGUUGAAAAUUUAUUAUUAAUAUUAGUUUUAUUUAAUAAAUAUUAUCCAUAUUUUCAAGAUAAUUUCUAUUCUAAUUUAUGCUUGGAUAUUAAUAAGAAUCUUUUAAAUUCUAUAAAAUUUAAAAUACAUUAUCUAUAUACAAGUAAAAUGUUAAUUCAUACAAUGAAUAUAUUAACAAACUUAAAUUUAGUUGAUAAUAUUUUAUUAGAAGGAUAUAUGAAUAAAUGUUUUUAUUUUAUAAAAAAUGAUGAAUAUAACUUAGAAGAUUUAAUUCAUUAUUUGUCCAUUCUUAAUAAAAUAAGUAUGAUUAAAAAAAAUAUGUAUUGCAAAAAAUUACAAUCAUUUAAUUGGUCUCUCAUCAAAAUUAUAUGUGACAAAUUGACAUAUAAUUUUGACCAUCUAUUUAUGUUAUCUGGUAAAAAUAAUCAUACUUCCUUUUUUAUAAAAAAAAAUAUUAAUGAGCAAAUUAAAAACCUUUCAAAUGAUAUUAAUAAUAAAGUUAAUAGAACAUUUCAUAAGAUAAAUUAUAAUGAAAACAAAAUAAAUGAAGAAUCUAAUAUUAUAUAUAAUAAUAAUAUAUAUGUUAAUAAUCUCAACACAAGUAUAGGUAAUAUGCAAUUUUAUAAUAUUGAACAACAUACGAAUAAUAAUAAUUGUAAUAAUAAUAUAUGCAAUUAUAACCAUAAUAAUAAUUCCUUAUAUUCUAACACAUUAACAAUUGGUGAAAAAAAAUUAUUCAUUUUAGAAACAUUAUUAAGUAUUUCAAGAAGCUUAAAAGAUUUAAAUUAUGUCCAUUUAAAAUUAACAAAUGAAAUUGUAAAUAAAGUGAAAAAUGAAUUUCUUAAUAUAUCAGAUGGAGAUAUAACUCCUUAUAUAGAUAAUAAUUCAGUAAAUAAAAUAUUUUAUAUUAUGCAAUGCUUAUUAUAUUUAAAACUAGAUUAUCAUAUGUUUUAUAAAAGUGUUCUCAAUAUAUAUAUGAACUAUUUGCCAUUUUCAAACAAUUUAAUAAUUCUUUUUUUCCUCCUAGGAAAAAAUAAAUUAUUUCCAACUAAAACGAUACAUAUAUUUGAUUCAGUUUUUUCAAAAAAUAUAAAACAAAAUCUUUAUGAUACAAAUAGUUUAAUUAUUUUGUUAGAAUCUUAUUCUAUUCAUAAAUAUAGACAAAAUGAUCUCAUAGGUGAUAUAUUAUCAUAUUUUAUGUAUUCAAAUAUAGAGCAUAAUAUGUGUGAUAAAAAGAUAGAUAGCCAAACACACAAUAUAUCAUGUAACAAUGAGAAUAUUGUUUUAAAUAAAAAAAAUAUAAUAUAUCAAAAUUUAGAAAUGGAUUUAUAUCCUCAAGAUGAUAAUACUGCUAUAAAAAAGAAAAGCAAUUCUUAUGAUGAUAAAGUAAACAAAGUAGAAAAUAAAAAUGAUUCAUCUUCUUUCAUUUUGUCUUCAUCGAAUGAUAUAAUAAAAAAUAAUGAAAUGGAUAAUUUUACUAUAAACGAAGAUAAUAAAAAAAAAAAAUUAACAAAUAAUGAUACGACUAAUACUUUACAUAAUAAUUUAUAUAAUAAUCUAUUAUUGCAAGAAAACUUAAAAAAUAUUGAUAUGAAAAAUAAUAAUUAUUUUAGCUGUAUAAAUAUUUCUGAUAAAGUAAAAAUCUUUUAUAGCUUAUUCAAAUUAGAUAUAUAUGAAGAAGGAAUAACAUAUCACAUAAAUAAUAUUUUAAAUAACGAAAGUAUACAUGAAAUAAAUUUUAAAUUAUUAAUAAAAUUGUUAUUAGGUUUAUGCUAUUUUUCAUUUGAAUGUGUUGAUAUUUACAAUUUAAUAAUUACAAAUUUGAUAAAAUAUGAUAUAAUUCUAGAUAAUGUUUAUUUAACUCAACUGAAAAUAUGUGAACUAGCUAUAAGAACACAACAUGUGCCUAAUGUAUACAACCAUUUAAACAAAGAAUGUAUUGAAUAUUUAAAUUGUAUAAAAAAUAAAGAAAAAACUAUAGAAUAUCAUGUUAAAUCAGAUUUACAAAAAAAUGUAAAAAAUAUUUUAUUAACUUUUAAUAUAACAACAUUAGAAGAAGUAACCAUAGGCCCUUAUAAUGUUGAUUUUUUAGAAGAGGAUGAAACAUUUUUUAAAAUACCAAAGAAUUAUAUACUUCAUCAAAAUAAACAUCAAAUCAAGGAUAAACAUUAUACAAAUGAUAAUAAUAAUCAAAAUUCGAUAAAUUUUCAAAAAUGUGUAAAUCAAAAUGAUAUAAAUAAUAUAACAAAUACAUUUCAAAAUAAAAAAUUAAUAAUCGAGGUAAAUGGAGAACAUCAUUUUUAUAAAAAUACAAAAUCAUAUAUAUCCUUAUCAAAAUUUAAACAUAAAUUAUUAAGUGAUUUAGGAUAUGUUGUUAUUAACAUACCUUAUUUUGAUUGGGCUAUUUUAAAUACAGAUUUUGAUAAAAAAGCAUAUGUUAAAAAAUUAAUCUCUGAUCACAGUGAUAUACAAAUAAGAAACAUCAUAACUCUCAAUCAAAAAAAUGAACACAUUAACAAAAAUGAAAUGGAUAAAAUUUCUAAAACUAUUCAACACAGCAAAGAAAAAACAGAUUUAUUAACUAAUAUACAAAACUUACGAAAAAAGAAUAAAAUUAAAUUUUUAAGGAAAAAAAUUAAGCAUAUAUAA